AUGCUUACUGCGGCCGCUGCUACUGCUGCCCCCAUUGAACCACGAACUAAAGGGCCGACCAUGGUCGACGCCGUCUUCAUGAACAAGGAGGAGGUGGACCUUGUGCCCAUCUACUACGACCCCGUGCACGACUUCGGCUUCUACCGCUUCGAUCCCAAGGCGGUCAAGUUUAUGGAGGUCGCCGAGGUGGAGCUCAACCCUGACGGGGCUAAGGUCGGGGUGGAGAUCCGAGUGGUUGGGAACGACAGCGGGGAGAAGCUCAGCAUCCUUCCCGGCAUUCUGGCGAGGCUCGAUCGCGCCGCACCGGAGUACGACACCGGGGGUUACCGCGACUUCAACACCUUCUACCUGGCGGCGGCGAGCUCCACGAGCGGAGGGAGCAGCGGGAGCCCGGUCCUGACCGUGGACGGGAAGGCGGUUGCUCUGAACUGCGGCGCACGUGUGGAGACAGCGGCGGCGUUCUACCUCCCGCUUACCAAGAUUGUCAGGGCGCUUGAGCUCAUCCAGCGAGGGGAGAAGGUGACACGAGGCACGUUGCAGACCGUUCUGAGGCACACCGCCUUCGACGAAGCCCGCCGCCUGGGGCUCAAGCCGGACACCGAGGCACUCCUCCGAAAGGAGUUUCCGGAAGAAACAGGCGUUCUCGUCGUGGGAGAGGUAGUCCCCAAGGGGCCCGCGGACGGCGUGCUGGAGCCGGGAGACGUCGUGGUGCGCAUGAAGGGCGAGACGAUCACCACCUUCUUGCCGUGGGAGUCGGCCCUCGAUGACGGUGUCGGAGGGGAGGUGGAGGUGCAGGUGCAGCGCGGGGGAAAGGAGGUCAUCGCUCGGUUGACGGUCGGGGACUUGCACGCCAUCACCCCGGCCGAGUACCUGGACGUGAGCUCGAGCGUGCUCCACCCACUGAGCUACCAGCAGGCCAGGAACUACAACCUCCCCGUGGAGGGGGUCUACCUCGCACAGGCCGGUUACAUGCUCGAACGGGCGUGGAUCUCGAGCCAGUGCCUCAUCACGUCCAUCGGCUCCGACCCCACACCGGACCUCGAUGCGUGCGAGGCCGCCUUGUGCAAGCAUGCGGACGGGGCGCGUGUGUCGGUGAGGUACAAGGCUCUGGGUGAUCGCCACCGGACCAAGACGGCGGUUAUCACCAUCGACAGGAAGUGGUACACGAUGCAGGUGGACGGCGUGUCCGGGAGCUACUGCAUCGGCGUGGGCGUCAUUGUGGACGCGGAGCUCGGCCUGGUGGUCGUGGACAGGAACACGGUUCAGGUCUCCCUCGGCGACGUCAUGCUCACCUUCAACGGCAGCGAGGAAGUAGCGGCGCGUCCGAUCUUCUCGCACCCCACCCAGAACUUCGGCGUGGUGAAGUUCGACCCUUCCCUCGUCAGCGGCUCCUUUACGGCAGCCCUCCUCUCCUCCAGGGAGACCGAACACGAAGACAAAGACAAGGACCAGGACUUGGAAGAAGAAUGCAGCGACGUCGACGGCGGCGACGACGACGUCGAGAGUGACGACAACUGCUCCGACGACAGCGGCAAGAACUGCGCCGGCGGCAACGCCGAGCGUGGCGAUGAUGAGAACGGCGGCGAGAACGAGAGCGGAGGGAGCGGCAUCAACAGCUGUGACGGAGGGAAGGUUGCCGCCGACAAGACAGCCGCUGCCGACACCACCGCGGCCACCGCUGACGGCGACAGCAAGGACAAGGAGGAACGAGAGGCACCGACGCGGGCGGCGGUGGUCAAGCUGGAGAGGCUCUCGCUGGCAUCGUCCGCACACCCCCAGUUCACCGCCCACACCGUCGAGGUUUUGCAGUUCGACCAGAUCGCCAGCUGCAUCGGCGGCCUCUUCAUCGCCGUCCCCCGCUCCGACGCGGCAUCGCCGUCACCGCCGCGAACGGGAGGGGACGCCAAGGACCCGUCCCCGGGUAAAAGGAAGUCCGUCCCCGUGGUGUCGGCGUUCUGGCACUCGUUCGCCUUCUCCACCUCCGACGGCAGGAAGCAGACCAUGCGCGGCCUGCCCGCCCCCGUGGUGCGGCGAGCAGUAGAGCGCCUCCGGCGGGACCUGCUGCUCGGCAAGGCGGCGGCGGAGGAGGGUGGUUCGUCGGUUGAGCACGAGAUGGAAGAUAAGCAGCAGCAGCAGCAGCAGCAGGAGGGGCAAGAGAAGCGGGUGCUUGCGGACAACGACAGCGGUGUCGGCGUUGACGGGGGACCCGCGGAGGACGGCCUCGACGCGGCAGGGGCGGAGGCAGAGCGAGAGCUCGCGGCGGCUGCAGCGCAAGUGCUCGUGACCCUCGAGCUCAGCAAGGCGAGGGCGGGCCUCGGCUUGAGCGAGAAGUGGUCUCGAAGGAUCGAGAGGAAGUGCGGCGGAGGGCGACAAAAGCAGGUGUUGGAAGUUCGGCGCUGCAUGGCCGGAACCCCCGCGUUCUCCGUGGUGGAGACGGGCGACAUCAUCCUUGCCGUCAACGGCAAACUCGUCACCAGAUUCAGGGAGGUGGAAGUGGCGGUGGAAGAGGGAGAAGGGUCGUCGGUGCGUCUGACCAUUCUCAGGGAGUUGGAGGAAAGAGAGCUCACGGUCAAGCCGUCGUACCUGCCGACUCGGGAGACGGAUCGCCUCUUCAUGUGGGCCGGUCAGAUGAUCCAAUCGCCUCACCUAGCCGUGCUUCAGCUGGGGCCUACGCUGGAACUCUGCCGCACCGGGGACGGUUGGACGAGGACGCUGCACAAGGGCGCCCCCGCGAUCACCACCAGCACGACCCCGGACACGGCUACCACCGCCGACACCGCCAGCGUCAGCUCCGCCAGCCCCGAAACCAGCUCCGUCGCCAGCACCAGCACGCCUGCUUCGUGUGAGAUUCCGGGGCCGGAGGCUGAUGCAGCCGAGGAGGGCGGCAACGAAAUAUUUGAGGACGACGCCGCCGAUCCCAACUCGCGUGAACUUCCGGCGGCGGGGGGUGGGCUGGCCCCGGUGCUCGGGCAAGAACAGGCAGAUUCUACGGUGGGGGGGGGUGACAAGGGUGGUGAUAUAGCGGAUACCGAUGGGGCCUCUGACGAGCAGACGGAGUGAAUAUGUCAAACGUCUUUCAACCUUUAGUCUGAUAGUAGCAGAGAAAAGAGGGCUUUUGGCGCUUCUGCCGGUCUUUGACAUCGCAGGGGUUUGCCAUACCGUGGUGUUGUUUUGAGGGAGGCGGGGGGCGGGGUGCAUGCUCGAUCGCUAUUUUGUAGGAUGUUCGGCGGUAUCAGGUAUUAUAGAGUAUUGAGGGGAAUAUUGAGCUCUUGCUGCCUUGAUUGGGGGACCGUUGUGGGCAGACGUACAGCAGUCUGGCGAUGCUGUUUCAACUGAGCUUUUGAGGGAUUUCCCGCGCACCCGGAUGCCUUGCUAAACACGGGAUGGCUCUUGGCGACGUUAGUGUUCGAUGGAGAUGGUAGAGAAGAUCUCUAGUGACUGUGACAAGAGUAAGUGCUGCUUUUGCUUCGGUGGUGCUUUGGUUACCCCGGUGUGCAACGCCGUAGUUUCCUUUUAGGGGCGCGGGACUUUUGUCUGUUUGUGUUUGUUUUUGAUGUCUUUUUGAGGUAUUGAAGCUAGACUACAUGUACAGCAGUGUCGCAGUUCUACAACAACAACAGUGGCGCGCGUUGCUUUUGUGGUGCGUCGCACGAGGCGUUCCCCCACCGGGCUCGGUGCAAAUAGUUGACGUGCGGCAGAGAGCAAAAUUCCGCGACACAGACGAUCCUUACAGCUUUGCCCUCGCUGUAUGGUGGGGUUUAUUUCGGGCUAAUGUUCAGUCGGGGGAGGGAUGGUGGGCAAGUAAAUGCUCCGGUCGUAGGCAUGGUACGACAAAGUGAGCGCGCGAGCAGAGGUGGUGGGAGUAGAGGCAGAGGACGUAUGGUGGUGGUGUUGGUAUUCAUUGUCGGGCAUUUGGAGGCGGUUUGGGCACUGUUGUGUCCCACUGCAAAGACGGUGGUGGUGGGGUUCGUGGUAAGUUGUUCCCAUGACUGCGGACGUACCAGGUUCGCCAAGAGCCAGACCGGUGCAUGUACAUGCAACGUCAAGUUGUUCGGCGAUUGUUGCUUCAACAUGUAGUUUUUGGGGUAGGUUUGGAAGCACGUGGGGCGAGGGAAGCCACAAUAACGCGCUUUGUUGAGCGCGUUCUAGCGCAAAAGGUUUGGAUGAGGUUUUGCGGCACGGGCGGGGGGGAGAGUGACGGUAACGCGCGUGGUGAGUGAACUCUCUAGUGCGAGAAAGGGUGGUUCAUCCGUCCUACCACACUGCCCCUGUCGGGUGUGAUUGCUUACCCUCUUGUGUGUGUUUUGGUUCGAUAGUGGAGGUAUGGGGCUAGGACGGAACGUCGUUUGGGUCUUGCAUGCCCUAGGCGUUGGAAAGCCACAGAGCGUGCGCGGGGCACAUCCAUCAUCAUUGAUCAUUGACCACCGUGUUCCCAUAGAGGAGGCGCUUUAUGCAUAUUGGGAUAUAACCUACUGUGUCGUGUUCGAAUUAUGUGUUCCAAUCGCUCCUGCUUAGUACGGGCUAAGCCGGGGCUUGUAAAGAAGGAAGAAGUGCUUUUGCUUUUUUCGAAUUUCGUGAGUGCAUCGACUUGACCGCCCCAAGGGAGUUGGGGUGUGGCCUGAGGCGUGUUGAGAGUUCGACGUAUCAUGACGAGCAACGCUUGACGCCGUCUUGUUUACCUUUUUCAGUUUUGCCCCUUCGCUGUUUUCGUGUGCGGGUGUUUUCACCACGUUUGUGCCGUUUUGUCUUUUUUGUUCUCUGUCAUGUGGUGAGUCCAUGGGAUCUUUUUGACUGACUGGCGAAGGCUAAGGAACUUGCGGUUGCCUAGAAAACCCUUCACAUAAAAGGUCUGUUCAGUUUUCAGAGGUGGGGGGGGGGUUG